UAAACCCUAUAGAACACAUUUGACGAUGAUGAAUCGCACAAAUUCUGUUCUUCAUGCUUUCAUUAAAUUCAGAGGUAAUUCUAUUACCAACUCCCCUUUCUUAUCUUUCCAGUUAGGUUUACAAUACGGUACUCACUCGCCUGUGAUUGAUAAAAUUACCAACUUGAAUGAUGCCUUGAACCUGUUUGAUGAAAUGUCACAGAGACGCCCUUUGCCAUCUGUUGUCAAAUUCACUCAGUUGUUGAAUGCUGUUACUAAAAUGAAACAUUUUUCUUCUUCUCUUCAUCUUUUCAACCAAAUGUGUUCCCUUGGUCUCCCUGUUAAUGAAUAUUCUAUGAGCAUUGCAAUCAAGUGUUGUUGUCAGUUGUAUCGCACCAAAGACGGUUUCGCAGUCCUAGGAAGCUGCUUUAGGCGAGCUAUUGCACCCAAUGUCUUCAUAUUUAAUGCACUCUUAGACGGACUCGUCCUUGAAGAUAAGAUUCUUGAAGCAGAGAAUCUAUUUAAAAAGCUCAUCAAGCUAAAACUUUGUGAACCUAGUGUAGUUACCUACAACACAAUGAUUAAAGGGCUUUGCAAGUUCGGUAAUAACGUUACAGCAGUUGCUUUGCUCAGGCUAAUGGAACAAACAAACUGCAAGCCUGAUAUUUUUACAUAUAACACCAUCAUUGAUAGUCUUUGCAAGGAUAAACUGAUAGAUGGUGCCUUGAAGCUCUUUAAAGAAAUGGUAUUUGACAAAGGUAUUCUACCAAAUGUCAUUACCUACAACUCUUUAAUUCGUGGCCUUUGUAACUUAGGUCGUUGGGAUGAGGCCUCAAAGCUGCUAAAAGAAAUGGAGGAUGAGAACAUUUCUCCGGAUGUGCAAACCUUUACUGCAUUAGUUGAUGCAUUUUGCAAGGAAGGUAAAGUAAAAGAAGCUGAGGCUGUUAUCAACAUCAUGAUUGAGAGAGGUGAGGUUCCAAACAUAGUGACGUACAGUUCACUUAUUGAUGGUUACUGUCUUCGAGGUGAAAUGAUCAAAGCAAGGGAGAUUUUUGAUUCAAUGACACUUAGAGGUCUCGUUCCUAAUGUUGUUACUUACAGUAGCUUAUUGAAUGGGUAUUGCAAGAAUCGGAACAUAGAAGAGGCGAUGCAAAUGUUUCGUCAAAUGACCAGAAAAGGUUUAAAACCCAAUGUGAUCACUUACAACACCAUGUUACAAGGAUUGUUUCAGGUUGGGCGUUGUGUAGCUGCACGCAAACUCUUCGAUGAGAUGCAUGCACAAGGCCUAAUUCCAGAUCAAUGCACGUAUCGAAUAGUUUUAGACGGUCUUUGCAACAACCAUCUAGUAGAAGAUGCACUCUCUUUGUUUCAUAUGUUGGGUGAUUCAAAACUUAAUUCUGAUAUUUUUGUGUACAGUAUCCUCAUUGACGGGGCAGGAAAAUGUGGGAAGUUUCACAUUGCAAGGAAUCUUUUCCAUGAAUUAAUAGAUAAAGGCUUGCAACCUAAUGUUCAUACAUAUACUGUGAUGAUUAAUGCUUUUUGUCAAGAAGGUAUACUGCAGGAUGCAAAACAUUUGUUUCUUAAAAUGGAAGAGUGUGGCUACCCACCAAAUAAUGUUACUUAUUGUGUUCUUCUCCAAGGAUAUCUAAAGAACAAGCAUUAUGAUGAUGUAGAGAUGCUUUUGCAGGAAAUGGGUGAUAGAGGUUACUCACUUGAUGCUUCAACUUUAUCGUUAUUUAUAGAUCAUAUCGCAGCUGGUUUACUAGAUAGAAGUAUGCUUAAGUUGUUAGGUAAGCUUGUGCCAAAAGAACUACUGAACGAUCCUAGGUUGUGCGACUGGGAGUGAAACUGAGAUAGCAAUUGUGGGAUGAAAAAUGAAGAUUGUAACUUGCAAAACGUGGAAAGCAGGACAUCUCCUUCAAAUUCCAUUCCAUUUGGUCUGCUUGUGUUUGGUCCUUAGACAUGUGAGCUUGAUAACAAGGUUUUUUUUUUUACUAUUAAUUUGAUGGAUAUAAACUGUUUGUUAUCAUAGCAUUGCUUCUGUUGAUUAACCUGCACAUGCUUUGCUGUAUCUGCACUCUGAAUUACCGGAUUCGCUUUUUAUGGUUGCGCAUUGUUCCCUGGGUGCUGUGGCUCGUGAUCGUAAGUAACAAACAUACUAUAAUGUUGUCAUAUUCUUUGCAUGUAAUAAUAGUUGUCAAUAUAUGUCUGGAAAGAAGGUGAUGAUUGUAUCACAGUGGAAGUGGUGGUGUUGUGUUUAUGUUAUUACGUACAAUGUAACAUUUUUAUGAAG